GCUGGGAAGCUGACUUUAUCCCUUCCUGUAGGACAUGCAGGCACAGGGUGUUUCUCUCUGCCUCCUGGGUGUGAUGCUCUUUCUGUGCUCAGCGCAUGCCCGAGGUCUCAGGAGAUGUCUGAUUUCCAUGGACAUGCGCCGUAUGGAGGAGAGUUUCCGAGGGAUCAAAAACGCCAUUCAAGCUAAGGACACCUUCCAAAAUGUCACCAUCCUGUCCACAUCGGAGACCCUGCACAGCAUUAAGCCCUUAGAUGUGUGCUGCGUGACCAAGAACCUCCUGGCAUUUUACGUGGACAGGGUGUUCAAGGACCAUCAGGAGCUGAGCCCCCAGAUCUUGAGAAAAAUCAGCAGCAUUGCCAACUCUUUCCUCCACAUGCAGAAGAGUCUACAGCAAUGUCAGGAGCGGAGGUUGUGUCACUGCAGGCAGGAGGCCACCAAUGCAACCAGAAUCAUCCAUGAUAACUACCAUCAGUUGGAGGUCCGGUCUGCUGCCAUUAAGUCUCUGGGAGAGCUGGACGUCUUGCUAGCUUGGAUUGACAAGAAUCAUCAAGGAACUUCUGCUGCCUAA